AUGAUCAAAAAAAUAACCUCAUUAAUUACUAUUUUUGCUAUUGUAGGAACUAUAGCUUAUGUUUUCAACUCUGAAAACUUUUAAGAUAACCAUUUACUUAAAAAACUUUAAAAAAACUUAAAAUAACCCUUUAAUCUUAAUGCUUUCUCAUAUGGUUAAAGCUCUAAUUGCAUUAAAUACUGUACUGAUAUUGGUGGAGUAAACUGUUUAAACAAUGGAUAAGCUCACUGUUGCAAAGAUAAAGCAUCAUGCAUUUAAAAUCCAAUUGUUAAAACUAGCUUUUUAUGUGCUGAUACUCAUAUUCAUUCUAAAUUUACUACUAUUACCAGCUAAUCAUAAUGCGAAAAAGCUAACACAAACGAAAACCCAAAACCAAACACAAACGCAAACGCAAAUAUUUUAAAAGUUGGAUUGAUAUUAUUAGCUCUUUUAGCAUUAUUAUUCUGA